CUAAAUGUCUUAUUUUGGUUGUCAAAAUUAGAAAACAGAGCCAUUUCUAUGGGAGAAAGAGGUUUCAUUAAGCAAGAAUCUCUUCUUCCAUGAAACAAUGCUUGUCCUUUUUGUCAAAACAGAUUCUACAACAUUUUUCAGUUUUUAUCCUGCAUAGGAUAUAUAAACUUCAUGCAGAAAAAUGGAGUCAGUGGAAGGGCUCAGGCACUACUUCUUUUGCUCCAUUUUACUAUCCCUAUUAACAUUUUGCACCUCAGCAGACACCAUAACCACAGAUCAACCCAUCACAGAUGGCAGAACCAUAGUUUCAGCUGGUGGAAACUUUGAACUUGGAUUUUUCAGCCCUGGAAAAUCCAAGAAUCGAUAUGUUGGCAUUUGGUACAGCAAGAUACCAACUAAGGAUGUGGUCUGGGUUGCUAACAGAGAUACUCCGCUAAACAACACUUCUGGCAAGCUAAUGCUCAAAGACAAUGGGAUCCUAGUACUCCUAGAUGGUAGCAAUCAAGAAAUCUGGUCAUCAAAUUCAUCAACAUCCUUGAAAAAUCCAGUGGCCAGGCUUUUGGACACUGGAAAUCUUGUUGUGAGAGAGGGAAAUGGCCAAAGUUCCAACAAUUCUGCCUGGCAGAGUUUUGAUUAUCCUGGUAAUACUUUGCUACCAGGCAUGAAGCUAGGCCGGAACUUAGCCACUGGUCAUGCCUGGUCCCUGACCUCGUGGAAGAGCGCUGAUGAUCCUGCUGUAGGUGAAUACACAGAAAUGGUAGACAUUAAUGGAUUCCCCGAAAUUUCUCAGUUCAGAGGUGCAAACAAAUCUCCUAUUUCUAGAUCUGGGCCUUGGAACGGAGAGAUGUUUACUGGUGUGCCUAACAUUAAAGAUAAUCCCUACUAUACGUUUGAGUUUAUUAUGAAUGACAGAGAGAUUUACUACACAUAUGAGCUUAUAGAUAGCUCGGUUCCUAGCAGGGUUGUAAUCAAUCCAACUGGCAUGAUUGACCGCUUAAUAUGGAUUGAGCGCACCAAAAGCUGGAUUGUUUACUUGACAGCACAGACAGAUAACUGUGAGCGUUAUGGGACGUGCGGAGCUUUUGGCAAGUGCAAUAUCAACAGCUCCCCUCCCUGUGACUGUCUGAAAGGAUUUAUCCCAAAAUAUCCACAAGAUUGGGAUGCAACAGAUUGGUCAAAUGGGUGUGUCCGGAGAACUCAAUUGGAUUGUGGGGAUGCUGACAGGUUUUAUACAUACAGAGGUCUAAAAUUGCCAGAUACAUCGCAUUCCUGGUAUGAUAGGAGCAUUGGCCUUGAGGAAUGUAAGGGAUUGUGCUUGAAAAAUUGCAGCUGUACAGCUUAUUCUAAUGUAGAUGUAAGAUAUGGUGGAAGUGGGUGCUUGCUCUGGUUUGGAGACCUAACUAAUAUUAGGGAGUUCGAUCAAGUUGAUCAAGAUCUGUACGUGAGAAUUGCUGCAUCAGAUUCUGAUAUCUCUCAAAAUGGACAGAAGAAACAAGAGGUGACGAAGAUAGUUAUACCAACAAUUUCAGGGAUACUUAUUCUAAGCUUUUUGGUUUGGUUUGCACUAUAUAAAAGGAAAAAAGGAGCUAAGGUUGACAAGGAAGACUGUGAUUUACCAUUAUUUACUUUGGAAACUGUAGUCUCCGCAACAAACAACUUUUCUUCUGAUAAUCUUAUUGGAGAGGGUGGAUUUGGACCUGUUUACAAGGGUAAGCUACCGACUGGAACAGAAAUAGCGGUCAAGAAGCUUUCUGAAUAUUCUGGCCAAGGUGCUCAGGAGUGGGAGAAUGAAGUGUGCAUAAUUGCAAAACUUCAACAUAGAAACCUCGUUACGCUUCAAGGUUGCUGUGCCGAGGGAGGACAAAGGAUUCUAAUAUAUGAAUAUAUGCCAAAUAAUAGCUUGGACUACUUCAUAUUUGAUGAGAGCAGAAAAGGAAUACUUACAUGGCAAAAACGCUUUGAAAUUGCUGUGGGAAUAUCACGUGGACUCCUUUAUCUUCACCAGGACGCCAGAUUAAGAAUUAUACAUAGAGAUCUGAAGGUAAGUAACAUAUUACUGGAUGCUGAAUUGAACGCCAAGAUUUCAGACUUUGGCCUUGCUAGAAUUGUAGGAGAAGACGAUGCUCUGGCAAGAACAAAGCGAAUUGUAGGAACAUAUGGUUAUAUGUCACCUGAGUAUGUUCUUGAUGGCAACUUUUCAGUAAAAUCAGACGUUUUCAGCCUUGGAGUGAUUCUAUUAGAACUCGUUAGUGGAAGGAAGAACAGGAGGUUUCAUCAUUUAGAGCAUCAUCACAAUCUUCUAGGUCAUGCAUGGCUAUUGUGGAAUGAUGGUGACCCUAUAGAACUAAUGGAUAAUUGUGUGAGAGACUCUUAUGUGGAAUCUCAAGUGCUAAGAUGCAUUCAUGUAGCUCUUCUUUGUGUGUCGAAACUACCAGAAGACAGGCCAACAAUGACCUCAGUGGUUUUAAUGUUGGAGAAUGAGGAAGUGGCUUUACCUCAACCUAAAGAGCCAGGCUUCUUUGUGGAAAGGAAUUCAACUGAAGCAUCUUCUUCAAAUGAGGAAACAUCCUACUCUGAAGCUGCAAACAUGACAUUCAGCAUUCUUGAAGAAGCAAAAAUCUCUUCUUUCAUGAAACAAUUCAGUUUUUAUGAAUAUAGGAUUUAUAAGCUUGAUCAAGAAAAUCCCAGAAAACUGGAAAUGAAAUCAUUGCAAGGGCUGAGGCUCUACUUCUUUUGCUCCAGUUUACUAUCUCUAUUCACAUUUUGCACCUCAGCAGACACCAUAACCCCAGAUCACCCCAUCACAGAUGGUACUACCAUAGUUUCAGCUGGUGGAAACUUUGAACUUGGAUUUUUCAGCCCUGGAAAAUCCAAGAAGCGAUAUGUUGGCAUUUGGUACAGCAACAUACCAACUAAGGAUGUGGUCUGGGUUGCUAACAGAGAUACUCCGCUAAACAACACUUCUGGCAAGCUAAUCCUCAAGGACAAUGGGAUCCUAGUACUCCUAAAUGGUAGCAAAGAAGAAAUCUGGUCAUCAAAUUCAUCAAAAUCCUUGAAAAAUCCAGUGGCUCAGCUUUCAGACACAGGAAAUCUUGUUGUGAGAGCGGGAAAUGACCAUAGUUCCAAAAAUUCCGCCUGGCAGAGUUUUGAUUAUCCUGGCAAUACUUUGCUACCAGGCAUGAAGCUUGGCCGGAACUUAGUCACUGGCCAUGUCUGGUACCAGAACUCGUGGAAGAGCGCUGAUGAUCCUGCUGUAGGUGAAUACACAGAAAUGAUAGACAUUAAUGGAUUCCCCGAAAUUUUUCAGUUCAGAGGUGCAAACAAAUCUCCUUUUUCUAGAUCUGGGCCUUGGAAUGGAGAGAUGUUUACUGGCGUGCCUAGCAUUAAAAAUAAUCCCUACUAUACGUUUGAGUUUAUUAUGAAUGACAGAGAGAUAUACUACACAUAUGAGCCUACAGAUAGCUCAGUUCCUAGCAGGGUUGUAAUCAAUCCAACUGGCAUCAUUGAACGCUUAACAUGGAUUGAACGCACCAAAAGCUGGAUUGUUUACUUGACAGCACAGACAGAUAACUGUGAUCGUUAUGGGAUGUGUGGAGCUUUUGGCAAGUGCAAUAUCAACAGCUCCCCACCCUGUGACUGUCUGAAAGGAUUUAUCCCAAAAUAUCUACAAGACUGGGAGGCAACAGAUUGGUCAAAUGGGUGUGUCCGCAGAACUCAAUUGGAUUGUGGGGAAGCUGACAGAUUUUUUAUAUACAGAGGUGUAAAAUUGCCAGACACACGCCAUUCCUGGUAUGACAGGAGCAUUGGCCUCGAGGAAUGUAAGAGAUUGUGCUUGAAAAAUUGCAGCUGUACAGCUUAUUCUAAUAUAGAUGUAAGAGAUGGUGGAAGUGGAUGCUUGCUCUGGUUUGGAGACCUAACUGAUAUUAGGGUUUUGGAUGAAGUUGAUCAAGAUCUGUACAUAAGGAUUGCUGCAUCAGAUUUUGAUAUCUCUCAAAAUGGACAGAAGAAACAAGAGGUGACGAAGAUAGUUAUACCCACAAUUUCAGGGAUACUUAUUCUAAGCUUUUUGGUUUGGUUUGCACUAUAUAAAAGGAAAAAAGGAGCUAAGGUUGACAAGGAAGACUGUGAUUUACCAUUAUUUACUUUGAAAACUGUAGUCUCCGCAACAAACAACUUUUCUUCUGAUAAUCUUAUUGGAGAGGGUGGAUUUGGACCUGUUUACAAGGGUAAGAUACCAACUGGAACAGAAAUAGCGGUAAAGAAGCUUUCUGAAAAUUCUGGCCAAGGUGUUACGGAGUGGGAGAAUGAAGUGAGCAUAAUUGCAAAACUUCAACAUAGAAACCUCGUCACGCUUCAAGGUUGCUGCGCCGAGGGAGGACAAAGGAUACUAAUAUAUGAAUAUAUGCCAAACAAUAGCUUGGACUACUUCAUAUUUGAUGAGAGCAGAAAAGGAAUACUUACCUGGCAAAAACGCUUUGAAAUUGCUGUGGGAAUAUCACGUGGACUCCUUUAUCUUCAUCAGGACUCCAGAUUCAAAAUUAUACAUAGAGAUCUGAAGGCGAGUAACAUAUUACUGGAUGCUGAAUUGAACGCCAAGAUUUCUGACUUUGGCCUUGCUAGAAUUGUAGGUGAAGAUGAUGCUCUGGCAAGAACAAAGCGAAUUAUAGGAACAUAUGGUUACAUGUCACCCGAGUAUGCUGUUGAUGGCAACUUCUCUGUAAAAUCAGACGUUUUCAGCCUUGGAGUGAUUCUAUUAGAACUCAUUAGUGGAAGAAAGAACAGGAAGUUUCAGCAUUUAGACCAUCAUCACAAUCUUCUAGGUCAUGCAUGGCUAUUGUGGAAUGAUGGUGACCCUCUAGAACUAAUGGAUAAUUGUGUGAGAGACUCUUAUGUGGAAUCUCAAGUGAUAAGAUGCAUUCAUGUAGCUCUUCUUUGUGUUUCGAAACUACCAGAAGACAGACCAACAAUGGCAUCAGUAGUUUUCAUGUUGGAGAAUGAGGAAGUCGCUAUACCUCAACCUAAAGAGCCAGGCUUCUUUGUGGAAAGGAAUUCAACUGAAGCAUCUUCUUCAAAUGAGGAAACAUCCCACUCUGAAGCUGCAAACAUGACAUUCAGCAUUCUUGAACCUAGAUAAAAACAACAUAUAAUUUUUUGAGUGGGUACAUAACCAAAAUGGACACUAAGAUUAAGAUUAAGAUUGUAUCUCUCCAUAUCAUUUCAUCUUAUCCAACGGAGUGCAA